AAAAAAAUAAAAAAAAAAAAUUAGAUGUUAGAUCCGCUCGCGUACUUGCAUACAUCUAACAUCUAAUUUUAAUUAGAUUGCCAUUUGUUAAAUUCGAUUCGCAACAAAUACUGAUUAAUUUUUUAAUUGUCAGUUAUUGACUUUAUUGUUAUAGUAACAAAACAUGUUCAGUGCUGUUACUUAUGUAUGAGAACCAGGGUAUUCCUUUGAUCUUUGUAAUAUACCUGUGGUAGAAUGAAAUACAAUGACUGGAGAGCAACACCCUGAGGAAAAAUUAAGAGGCUGACUUCCACCAAGUGGAUACCAGUGAUAUUCAGUAGCACCUCAUUAACAUUGAUUAUGACGUUUCGUUGGAUACAAAGAGAGUCAAAAUGGCGGUCGAAGUAAUGGAUGACUUCGAAUUGGAGAAGUUACGAGCUGAAAUUCAGCAAGAAAAACAAAUGAAAGAAAUGUUGGAGCAGUCUGCGGCUGAAUUAAAAGCGACCGUCGAAGAGCUAGAGAAACGCUAUGACACCAUCGACAAUGAAGACCUAUUAUCUUCAGGAAAGCAAAGUCCCUCAAGUGUGUCCAGUUCUGAUGAACUGAAUUGGAAUGAAUGGAAAACUCGCUAUGAAACCCAGACGGAAAUAAACGAACAGUUAGACCGGCAGAUAUUAAUGCUUCAGAACAAAGUGCAGGAGGCGAAAGCAAAUUUAAAAGACGAAGAUUUAGCAGAGUUGGGACUUAGACCUGGAAAGGGUAUAUUAAAACGUAGAGGAGUGGCUUUCACGGACGAGUCGUCCGAGGAGGGGGAUGACAAAUCUUUGGACAAAUGCAUUCAGGUGGACAUUACCAAGUCCAGCUUAACAAGUAUUUUGAAACCGUCCCCAGCAACCAGCGCAGAUUCCAAGAAUAUUAUAAGGUUUGAAAUACCCAAGGAAACCAAGAAAACACUGGAGAGAACAAUCAAAAUCCGAACGAAGCCUGGUAGCUAUCUCCCAGCUGGAAAGUCUCCAAGAGACCUGAAAAAUUUUGAUGACCUCUCUGAUGCCAAUCCGCAUAUGAUACGAUUACUGGAGAAAGAAAAGAACGUUCUGGCGAACCAGAUGAGAGACAUGGAAUGGAGACUCGACCAGGAAUCAAAGGCAUACCACAAGGCUAACGAUGAGAGGAAGACGUAUUCACUGGAGAUCAACUCUACCAAGGGCUCCAUCAAUGAGUCGUCCACUCGUACCAAGUUAUCUUCCAGUCGGGACGCACUGGACACUAUUCCGGGAUCUCGCACUCCCAGGAGUAUGGGUUCUAGGAUAUCAGUGCAUGAAACGGAUGAAAAUAGCCCUCUUUCUUCGCCAAGGAGGUCCAAAAUUAAAACUGUUCGAAACACAAAUUACCGUAGUCUAAGAAAUUUGGAGCAUGAGAUACGGCUGAUGGGGUAAGCUCUCGACCGUGGAUACUGUGUUCCUAUUCCUUCUAUAGUUAACUGUCCUCCGCUCUAACUAUGCUAGCUAGAUUUUCCCCCAUAGUCUCCAGUUUACUUUGUUUUCAGGGAGGAUUUCUAUUCAUUUUACACUUGGUUUCGGUCAAUAGUAUUGCUAGUAUUUCACUAUUUUCAAUUUUUAUCUUUUUGGGAGUGUUACUUUAAAAAAAAACUUCUGCAGAAGCAUUUUUAUUUUUACAGCUCAAGUCGUUUCCUUCUCUUUGUUUUUCUCUAAUCGAUGAUAAGAGAGUAUUUCUCUAUGGAAUUUGUGUAUGAUUAUAUUGGCGUAGAUAGUGCUAAGUUUAAUUAUACAAUUUCCUGUUACCAAACAAGGUAAGACAAUAUGUAGAUUUGUGUGCAUUGUCCUCUGAUUUCGGGUGAUUGUACUUACUGAACAUAUAUAUUAUAUAUAUUACUGAUAUGUAUAUUUAUACUCUCUAGAAUUAUUUUUGUUUCACGAUUUCUUUCAACUAAUAUAAAUACUUUAAAAGUUUAUCCAUAUCUUUAUGAAAAUACGCUAUCUGGUCAAACAUAUGAAGAAUUUAAAACAAUUCCAAUCAUGGUUGAUGCUGAAAGAAUGGAUUUCGUUGUAUUUAAUGUGGUGUAAAAGAUGCAUUAUGAUGUAAUGUUAAUAGAAAAGUGAAAGAUAUAAAAGGCAAUGAUUACACUUGUCUCUGUUUUGUAGCAAUAUACCAGAGGACCAGAGGAUACUGGACCCAAAACAUGGACCAAUCAAAAAAGCGGCUGCCGUGAAGAACCUGCCCAGUUUAGAGACCACGUGAUUUUACUUAGAUUAGGGAAAAGGCAAUAUUGUAUUUAUUGUUCUGCACCAACACUUCUAUCUGGAUAUUACACUGUAGAUUUACUGUAUGAUAAACGACCUCCAUAGACCUGUAAUGUAUCCGGAAUUACUUGUUAUGCAAUACGGAAGAAUCCGUCCUUGUUUUUGCAUCAUUAUUAAUUCGAUAUAAAUGUAGUACGUUUUGGAUUGUUUUAUUAAAGAUUUUUAAUGUAUACACGUUAUGUUAGCAGAUGAUUAAAAUUACUGUGAAUUUUUGUUAUCAUAUAUAAUUUCUUAAAAUAUAUAUAUAUUUAGGGCUGUGCCUUCUUAUUUCCUUUAUUGCUUUCAUACUUUCAUAUUUGAAUAUACUAGUAUGUCCGAUUUUAGAUACUACUUUCAAUACAAGAGAUCAUAUUUUUGAAAAAAGGAACAUCCUGCACUGAUUUGAAUAUUGUUUUAAGUGCCCAGACCAACGAAAUCAUAUUGUUAUUACAUUACAUGGCCUUUUUGGAUUGUUUUGCUAAAGGAAUAUAUUACAAUUGAUAUUUCAAAUCAAUAUACAAACUUAUAUUCUCUUUAGUAUUUGAAUUGUACACUGCAAGCAAGUUGCACAAAUGGUAAAGGGGCGUUUAUUGAGGGUUGUUUUUACACGUUUUGUUGCUCUUAAUCAAGAUGUAUUCAUUUUCAGUAUUUAUCAACUGAAGGUGCUCAUAUAUUGAAGUAACACCCAUUUGAUAAUGAUUUAAAUGUUUUGUUUAAAUACUUGAAAUCAACCAUAGUUUAAUUGUCCAUAAAUGUUCUGGGUUUCAUCCUCAACUUAUAAAUGUAAAUGAUGAUUUAAAGUUUUGAUAAUUAAGUUCAAAGUGUUGUUAAUAAAAUGAAUUAAAUCUA